AUGUUUUUUAGCGAUUCUGACGAUGAAUUCACACACGCCUAUAGCUCUGAGUCGCCGUCUGUAGUUUUCAAUACACGUAAUGGCAUUUCCGAGGAAGAAGAGGAGGAAAAUAACACCCAAAGUGAAGACGUUCUAGAUCAUAUUGAUCAUGGUGAUUUUACCUUUCACGGGGACUACAACACUAUAAAUAUGGAAUUAGAUAAUAGUAUUGACUACACCUCUGAAGACGAGGAAGAGGAAGAAGAGGAAGAGUAUUCAGCGGAUACUGGUUCUUCUCAAACAAUAGAAACUCAUACACGUCACCACUAUCGAUCGUCUUCUCAGCGUAGUCGUGCGUUCUCUCCUCUUGUCUCACGUUUGGCGUCGUUUCGCAGGCAAAAUUAUAAUUUUUCUCCUGUAUCGUCGACGACAACUUCAACGGCGACUACAAAUAUUGCCCCUAUAAAAUUUAAUCCAGAAGUAGUUUCGAAAACUGGAUGCGGUAACCGGUCAAAAGAAUCUGAACAAUUCACGACGAUACCUCGAUGCAGUUUCUUGCACUCUGGUUUAUCGUUUAGCGGAACACAAAAUCUCAUGAAUUCAAAUCCAUCCCAACGCGAAGAAUGGGGCGUUAAAGUGACAAUUCAAUAUGUAGAUUAUAAAACUGGGACAGCUAUUGGACUAAUGGAAGCCUUGAAUGUGCCAUCAAGUACUAAUAAAGUAGUCACCUACUGGGAAGGUGAAAUUAUCGACCUGGUUAAUCACUCGUUGUGGACAAACAAAUGGCAAGCUACCCCUGAUGUUGACCUACAACAUUGGCGGAAAUUCGAAGCUUUUCGUUGGACUGAUGGUAGAAGUAUUUCUCGUGGAUUUCUUUCACGAAAAUGGUUCAGACAAGUCAGCGAGAAAUAUAUUUUUAUGCGGUGGAAAGAACGAUGUUUUGUUGAUAUGUCAGCUCAAGAUAGUGGCUUAACAAUUGCUGGAUUUUAUUAUAUAUGUAUUAGGAGAAGUGAUGGUACAAUUGAAGGCUAUUAUUUUGAUCCCGUUUCCACUCCUUAUCAGAAAUUGACACUCAAACCAGUUGUUGAAGGAACUGGUCUAUCAUUUGCCGAAUUUUCUUUUCAUUGA